AUGGCGACCAGGAAAGUCCGGUACAAGAAACUGAGCCCGAAAACGGCUCUACCCGUGCUCAAAGAGGAUCAAAUCGAUCCGUCAGAGUAUGAGUCGCUCACCAACGAGGGCCAAAUCGCGACCGGCGUCGAACAGGCUGAGGAAAAUGAGUACCAUCUUCAGGCGGUCCUCCAGAGUGCUGGGGUCGCUGCCGAUAAGGAAAUCCCCGUGCCGCCACCCCAGGAGAGCACGCUCAACUAUGACGAGCUCUACCCUCGACCGUUCUCCAAGACGUCAACAUAUAUCCGCUUCUCCCAAACCGUGGAAGAAUGCAUUGGGUGCAUGUAUGACAUGACGGAGGAUGAUGAGGCCUUUCUCAAGUCGUAUAACCAGAAGCGAGCCGCAUCGGCUCAACUCUCGGAGGAUGACUUCGAGAAGGUCAUGGAGGUGUUUGAGGACACCGCCUACAUCAAAACCCCCUUCGCCUCGAUAGACCAAACCAUAGUUCCGUACGAUGACAUGCUGCAAGGCUUGCAGGAGCUUGAAAAAGCCAAAAUCCUGCCUCAUGCCAAGGAGCUUUAUGAGUACUGGAAAUCUCAACGUCAGGCGUCGGGCAACCGGCCGCUUCACCCGACGCUCAAGUUCGAGACACACCAGGAGAGUGAUGAUAUGGAUCCUUAUGUCUGUUUCCGGCGUCGUGAAGUUCGUCAAACUCGAAAGACGAGGGCCAGAGAUGUCCAGAGCGCAGAUAAACUCAAGCGCUUGCGGAAAGAACUCGAGGAGGGUCGCCAACUAGUCCUGGCCUCUCACAAUCGCGAACUUCUGAAGGCGGAGAUGCUGAAGGCAGACCGCGCUAUCUUCGAGCUCAGAUCUCAGCUCAAGGAGCAAAAGAUCCGCUUGGGCAUCAAAACUGAUGACGACGACCUUAUCAAUCAGAAGCCGCAAAAGAGAAAGGCUCCCGAGGCCUCUGCUACCCAGCGGCCGCCACCGCCAGCGCAACUUCGCAUUUCUAUCCGGCUGGAUGGCCGGCCCGCUGAGGCUGAUCUCUCCCUCCUGGCUGACCGAUUGGCCGAGAAGGAGAAUGAGCUCCGCAUCGAUAUCGAGAAGAAGGUGCAGAGCCAUAGUGAAUGGAAUCGGAACCAUGUGGAUUUGACACGAGGCCCAUUGUCGCCGGUUCGAGGACUUCGAAAGGACGCUAGCUUUAGACCCGCAAAGGCUCAGUAUUUGAUGACACCGCCGGCGUCGGCUUCGUCGGCGUCCCUGGAAGAACCGACACCAAUGGACCUUGACAAACCGCAAAACCCGGAGACGGUCUUUAAGUUCAGGAGCGUAGCCCGGGAUGAGCAGUCGAGGGAGAAUCCACCAGCAUACCGGCGGCGCAUCGGCCGGCUUAAUAGGUUGUGGAUUGACCGUCGUGGUCUUGCAAGUCCGCCCCGUGAGGUCAGCGCCGAUGUAUCAGAUCGGUGGAAGUAUGAUCAGUCGUCGGAUGAUGAGGAAGACCCGCCCAUAUACGAAGUCGAUCCCUUCGAUAUGCGGGCUUUGAAGUUCCGCGCCUCGAUCCCGCUGCCGCCGUGGAUGACGACGCGAGUAGCAGUACCAAACCCGAGGGCACCGCUACCGCCCCCACAGCAUCCACAAUCAAUACCACAACAGCAGCUGCCAACGCAGCUGCCGCCACAGCCACCGCCAGCAACAUGA